AUGGGUGAAAUGGGGGACCAUAAAAAAUUACUGUUGUGGAGACCAGGCGUGUUUGGAAAUGCUGAAGAGCCUGGUUACCAAAAGCUAAAGGUUCAAGAUAAAAAGCCUAGCAAGUGGGUGUUGGUGGAUUCUGAAAAGUUUCACAUGGUGGCAGAGAAGAAAGUGAAGAAAGGUCAAGUCAUACAAGAUGGGGUGGUGGCGCAGUUGGCUAGCGCGUAG